AACCAUAAACCCCUUUUCCCCUCCCAAAGAAAAAACUCCACCAACGUCAACCCCACCAAAGCCAAUAAUCCCAACUCCUCUGGCCUAUAUAAACCUCAUUUCCUUCUUCAAGUUCUAUAUACAACAACAUUCUAAGCUUAUUACUAGGUCCUCGAUGGAUAGCCUUGUGAUCUUAGCCAUUUUGAUGAUCACUUCAAAUUUUCUUGUAGUACAAAUUGUUUCCAUAACAGCCUCAUGCAGCCAAACCCCAUAUCCUCAAGUUUGCAACCAUUACAUUACCAACAACCUCUUAUCAACUCUUGAUGUUCGCGAGCAAGGGUUUGCAUUUCGUGGCCUAGCCCUCAAGGUCACCAUGGACCAAGCCAUCGAAGCGCAUCGACUUGUUUCAUCAGCAGUGCACUUGAAGUCAUUGUACAACGAGCGAGCCAAGUUGGCGUGGGAUGAUUGCUUGGAACUCUACGAGGAUACCAUUGACAAGCUCAAUCGUUCGAUGAGUGCCAACAAUGCUUUAGACGCUAAUACAUGGCUAAGUGCAUCCAUUGCCAAUCAACAAACUUGCCAAAACGGUUUUAGCGAUCUGAACAUUCCUAAUUCUCAUUUACAAUCUUCGUUCCCAAACUUUUACAAGCUAAGCACAGACUUGCCUAUGUUGCUUAGCAAUUCGCUAGCGAUACACAAGGCGUCUAGUACUUCUUCUUCUUCCUCGGCUAUGCAUUUCAGUAAACAGGUACGAGGCAGACGCUUAUUGCUCAAGUCUGAUGAUGGGUUCCCGGAAUGGGUUUCAGCUUCAGAUCGAAAGCUUCUCCAGUCGAGCGUUGGACCAAAGCCAGCUGAUAUAGUAGUAGCUCAAGAUGGGUCUGGAAAUUACAAGUCUAUAACUGAAGCUGUGGCUGCAGCCAAGGAAAGUAGUGGUAGUGGGACCAGAAGGGUUGUCAUAUACGUGAAGGCAGGGGUUUACAAAGAGAAUGUUGAGGUUAAGAAGACAAUGAAGAAGCUGAUGUUUGUCGGAGAUGGGAUGGAUGCAACCAUUGUUACCGGGAAUAAAAAUGCCCAAGAUGGCUCUACCACUUUUCGCUCUGCCACUUUCGGUGUUUCCGGCGAUGGCUUCAUAGCUCAAGACAUGACAUUCGAAAACACGGCCGGACCACAGAAACACCAAGCCGUCGCACUCCGCUCCGGCGCCGACCACUCAGUCUUCUACAGAUGCAGCUUCAAAGGCUACCAAGACACCUUAUACGUCUACUCCCAACGCCAGUUCUACCGUGACUGCGACAUAUACGGCACCGUAGACUUCAUCUUCGGCGACGCCGCCGCCAUCCUCCAGAACUGCAACAUCUACGUCAGAAAGCCCAUGAGCAACCAGAUCAACACCGUGACGGCCCAAUCCCGGAAAGACCCUAAUGAGAACACGGGCAUUAUUAUCCACAACUGCCGCAUAACGGCGGCACCGGACCUGAGAGCCGUGCAGGGCUCGUUCAGGACCUAUUUGGGUCGGCCAUGGCAGAAGUAUUCAAGGACGGUGAUAAUGAAGAGUAACCUAGAUGGCUUGAUUGCGCCACAAGGUUGGUUUCCUUGGAAUGGAAGUUCUGCGUUGGAUACGCUUUAUUAUGGGGAAUAUAUGAACACUGGGGCUGGUGCUGCUACUGGAGGGAGAGUUAAGUGGCCUGGUUUUCGGGUUAUAACGAGUGCGGUGGAGGCGGGGAAGUUCACCGUAGGGAAUUUCUUGGCCGGAGACGAGUGGAUUCCGGGGACUGGAGUGCCGUUUGAAGCUGGUCUAUGAUGUUGACACUAGCUGUACUGCUAUAGAUACGAAUGCAUGCGGAUAGAAAGUUGUUUUCCUUAGUAGGGUUUUGCCCACUUGGGUGGAUCAUGGCAUGGGAUAGUGACCUAGAGUCAUGUAAAGUUGUCAUCAUAUAGCUUGUCAUAAAGUCUUCUACAGAUGCUUUUGCCUGCAUUAGAUUUGUUGAAGCCCAAUGCAAUAAAUGCAUUAACAUGCGUUACUUGGUUGAAAUGAGAUAUAAUUCAUAAAUAUUUAGAUGAAAAGACAAUAAAUAACUAAUCCUUCA